GCUCAGUUCAAUUUCAAUAUGGCGGAAAAAACAGUGUGCAUCUCGCAGCAACAAACAGAACCUAUAAAAAUAUCAAAAUGGAAAGUUCGAGAAGGUAUAACAGUAUCAGUAGGUCGACCUUUACUACUUUUCAAUAUCCUGGGGGACCAGAAAGCUCAACAACGAAAGUUGAAGUCUACACAAGCAGGAACAAUUCAGAAGAUUUUGGCCAAGGAGGGCGAUGUUGUCAAUCCCGGAGAGGGAUUAUUGGAACUGUCAGCAUGUUCUCAUCCUACUAUAAUGCAUGAUAUGUGUGCAGAAUGUGGAGCAGACCUUCGGAAAAAUGAUAUUGUUGGUAGUGCCUCUGUUUCCAUGGUUCAUGCAAUACCAGAUCUUAAAGUCAGUGAAGAGGUGGCAAGAAAGUUGGGCCAAGCAGAUAGUGAACGUUUGAUAAGAGACAGAAAACUUGUCCUACUGGUAGACUUGGAUCAAACACUCAUUCAUACCACAAAUGACAAUAUUCCACCAAACAUCAAAGAUGUCUACCAUUUUCAACUUUAUGGCCCUAAUUCCCGUUGGUACCAUACCAGAUUGCGACCUGCUACUCACAAGUUUCUCAACAAUAUUCAUGACUUUUAUGAAUUACAUAUUUGCACUUUUGGGGCUAGAAACUAUGCACAUACAAUUGCAUUAUUUUUAGAUGGUGAUCAGAAAAUUUUCUCUAAUAGGAUUUUGUCUAGAGAUGAGUGUUUUGAUCCCACCAGUAAAAAGGCUAAUUUGAAAGCAUUAUUUCCAUGUGGAGAUAACAUGGUCUGUAUUAUUGAUGACAGAGAAGAUGUAUGGUCUCAUGCAAGCAACUUGAUUCAUGUGAAGCCAUAUCACUUUUUCCAACAUACAGGAGACAUAAAUGCACCUCCUGGUCUUAAUAAACAAGAAAAUGAUGAACAUGGAGGUGUUGAUUUGACUAAGAUUAGAGGAAAGGUUAUCAAAAAGAAAAUAGAUACAGUUCAAAGUGAUGAAUUACCCAGGACUGAAAAUGAUGAUAACAGUAAAGAAAAUGAGAUAUACCCAGAAGUACAAAAAUUGGAUAACAGUCAAGAAAAAUGUGAUACACUUGAAGAGAAUGGUACUAUUGUAAUAAGUCAAGAAAAAAUCAAACCUAGUCCUGAAAAGUCUGAUAUUGAGAAAAAUGGGGUGAAUAUUGAAUCACAAGAGAAUGUGGAAAAAGCUAAAGGGCAAACCGAAAAAAUUGCAGAAAUUGGAAAUAACAAUAAUGAAAAAACAGAAAGUGAGGGUUCACCAAAACCAAACAAUGAAAAUGAAGAAGUACAAACAGACUGUAAUGAAAAAGAAACCAUGGAAAAUAAAGAGAGCAGUCACAAUGAGACUACAGAGAAUAAUGAUAUCAACAAGAAAGCAGGAAGUAAUGAAAUAAGUAAAGAACAGCAGCAGCCAAACCUUCAACCUAAUCCAGAAGAAAACGGCAAGAAAUCCGACGACGACCUCAUUGAAAUAGAAGACCCUGAUGACUACCUCAUCUACUUAGAAGAGAUCCUUAAGCUUGUCCACAAAGAGUUCUACGACGAGUACGAUCUGAUGGAGUCAGGCGAUGUCCCUGACUUGAAGAAGGUGAUCCCGCGCGUGCGCCGCCACGUGCUGAAGGGCUGCCACUUGGCGUUCAGCGGGCUGGUGCCGUGGCACGUUGAGCUGGAGCGGUCGCGCGCCUACCAGGUGGCGCGCAGCUUGGGCGCCACGGUGGUGCAGGAGCUGGACGACAGGACGACGCACCUGGUGGCGGUGCGGCCGGGCACGGCGAAGGUCAAUGCCGCCAGGCGGCGCAAGCAUCUCAAGAUCGUCACGCCGGAUUGGCUGUGGUGCUGCGCCGAGAGGUGGGAGCACGCAGACGAGCGCAUCUUCCCCCUGAAGGGCAAGGGGUCGAAGAACCGGCACCCGCCACCCCACUGCAGCAGACCCGAGCACCACCGCGAUGCCGAUUACCCCGAGCACCAGGCGCCGGGGGCCAGGAAGCGGACGCCGAGCGGCCGAUUCAUGGACACGAUCAAUCCGCUGAUGUCGUUCUCCAGGGACGACAUCGCCGAUAUGGACAAAGAGGUAGAAGACAUCUUUGCCGACGACAGCGAAAGCAGCGACGACGAACCCGCCAAACCCGACGCGCACAUGGAAAAGAACAUCAGCAGUGAGUCGUUCGAAGACCUAUUUGCCGACGACAGCGACGACGAACCCGCCAAACCCGACGCGCACAUGGAACAGAUACCGGAAUUCGUCGAAAAAAACAUCAGCAGCAGCAGCGACAGCGAAGACUCGAUGACGGGCGAGUUUCCUAAGGGGUUCAAGCGGAAACGGCAGGACGAAGAAGCUGACCUCCUGGAGGACUCCUACGUGAGCGAGGAAGACGAGUCGCCGAGCGUGCGCUUCAGGAGAGGGGAAACUGUGGAUGACGUGCUGGAUUUCGAGCUGGAGGACACGCAGGGCAGCGUGGACGCCCCUGACGAAGUGGACGAUGGCGAGUGGAACAUGAUGGGGGCCGCUUUGGAAAGGGAGUUUCUGUCGAAUAAUUGAAUGGACCGGGAAGGACGUGACGUCAUGUGUGAGCGAGAGGAUGAAUCACCGAAAUGCAUUCGCCAAAACCUUUUAUUGGUCACGUGGCGCUUAACACGUUGACUGCCGGGCUCAUAUA